CAAAGGACUCAGUCAUGGGACUGCUGCUGCUGAUCCUGUUGUCUUUGCUUGCUGCUCUGAUCGGAGGUUUGUACCUUCUUGGUGCAUUUCGUCAACGCCAACCUGGGGAACCCCCAUUGGACAAAGGGCUCAUCCCUUGGCUGGGUCAUGUCUUAGAAUUCCGCAGGGACACCUGUAAAUUCCUUGAGCGGAUGAAGAAAAAGCAUGGGAACAUUUUCACAGUCCAGCUGGGAGGACAUUACUUCACAUUCCUUCAAGACCCGCUCUUGUUUGGACCUUUUGUUAAGGAGAGUCGAGAAAAGCUGGACUUUAACGGCUUUGCCAAGAUUCUGAUAAAAAGGGUCUUUGGCUAUAAGCGUAUGGAUGCCGAUCAUCAAAUUCUGGAGACUUCCAGCAACAAGCACCUGAAGGGAGAUGGACUGGAGGUAAUGACACAAGCCAUGAUGACAAAUCUACAAAACUUGAUGUUGCACAAUAUUGGCUCAGCGACGGACCAAAGCAGCUGGAAAGAAGACGGGCUGUUUAUGUACUGUUACAAUAUUGUUUUUCGGGCUGGUUAUUUAUCUCUGUUCGGAAAUGAACCACACACACCCGAGGGAACUGUAGAAAAAGCCAAAGAGAAAGACAGAGUGGAAUCAGAGGUUUUGUUUCAUGAGUUUCGUAAAUAUGACCAACUUUUCCCCAAGCUAGCAUACGGCGUCCUUCCACCAAGAAAAAAAAUGGAGGCAGAGAAGCUAAAGUCGUAUUUCUGGGAUGCUUUAGCAGUGCAGAAAAUAAGGGAAAAUGACAACGUUGGUGGCUGGGUGUGGGACAGUCAGCAGGGAAGACGGGAAAAAGGUAUGAAAGACUCGAUGAUAAGCCGAUACAUGUUUGUGCUCCUUUGGGCCUCUCAGGGAAACACGGGCCCUUCAUCAUUCUGGCUGCUCCUCUUCCUUAUGAAGAACCCUGAAGCCAUGGCAGCUGUAAAGGAGGAAGUUGACAAAGUCCUGAAGGAAACAGGGCAGGAAGCCCGCCGCGAUGGUCCUUUGAUCAACCUGACCCGUGACAUGUUGAUGAAGACACCAGUCCUGGACAGUGCUGUAGAAGAGACCCUCCGCCUCACCGCUGCACCAGUCCUCAUCAGGGCGGUUGUUAAAAAUAUGACCUUUAAAGUGGCUGAUGGUCAGGAAUACUGGGUUCGCAAAGAUGACAGAGUGGCCAUCUUUCCUUACAGUGCAGUUCAACUUGACCCAGAGGUCCAUCCUGAUCCACAUUCAUUCAAAUACGACCGCUUUCUGAAUCCAGAUGGGAGCAAAAAAACUGAUUUCUACAAAGACGGGAAGAAAGUGAAGUAUUACAACAUGCCCUGGGGUGCCGGGGUCUCCAUGUGUCCUGGGCGCUUUUUUGCCACUAAUGAGCUGAAACUGUUCAUUUUCCUCAUGUUGGCAUAUUCUGAGUUUGAACUGGAAACUCCUGAUCAGGCGAUACCUGAUAUUGACCGCAAACGAUUCGGUUUUGGUACCAUGCAGCCCACCAAAGAUGUCAGGUUUCGAUACAGAUUCAGGUUUUAGAUGUGCAGUGAUACAGAGUUUUACAUUGCAUUGCAUUCUGUAACACAUGCUGUGGAAAGAAGAGAAUCCUACAAAUUUGCUAAGAAAUUGUGUAUCUGUGUAUGAUGGGGGUGGAGAUGCCCAAACAUUCCAAAAAUGUCAUUCCCACCCAUCGAUUUCUAAUCCACUAGAUUUUGGAUGCAGCCCGUGAACUCUUGCCAGGCAGCCGCCAUCUUACUUAGCGUUAUUACGCAUCGUCAGGCAUUAGAUUAAAUAAAAAUCGAUGCACUGACUUAAACUUGGGUUAAAGUAAUCUGAAAAUGUUUUGUGCAGCAUUCAGGUGCAGCAACAAUCUGACAAAGGAUUGUGGAGUGAACUUUGUUUCACAACAUCUGGACUGGGACUGACAAAUUAAUUCAAGUCUGUUAUAUAAAUAGUCUGAUCCUCUUCUGUAUUUGUUUUAACAAAUAUUGGCUGUACAAAAAAUGCGGGACUGAGUUUGAAUAAAUGAAAUAGCAUGGAAAAUGCAGAUUUAUGGUGAAAGUCUCUUGAAAACAAUGAUCUUGCUCAUCGAUUUCUAUUGAUGUCUGGUUGUCAGACACUAACCAAGAUGGC